CGUUACCCCGGUCUAAUUCCGGUCUCUUGCGUUCUAAGCUGGGAACGCCAGAUAACACACCCGGAGCGAUAAGAAUAUGAACAUGACAAUAAUAAAAACAAGCGGGACAAACCAAUAAAUAUGAGGUUUCUACAAAGAAAUGGAAAGCGCAAUACCCGAAACAUAGAACGGAUACCCCUCUGCCGGAAGUCUCUCACUCUCUCUCGCCUCUCGCCGCAAAACCCAUAUCACUGCAAGUCCCGCCUUCUCUCUCCUAAAUAACGAUCAUUUGGAGCAUCCCGUGCCAGGCGUUCCGUUCUGAGCUGAGAACGCCUGGAAACGAGGUUAGUCUUCAAACUACUGAUUCAUCGCCGGUACAACGUUACCUCAACUGGAAAUUACGAUUUAGCUUCAACCGGCUUCCCGUCUUGCGUCUACAGUGCUGUUGACGCGCACGACGCAGGUGUGCGGCGCGUCGCUCGGCUGCAUCUACGGGAACAAGUUGAGCCGAACAACCCGAGCCGAGGAGACUACACAUCAUCUGCACCAUGCACGGGUUAUCGGCACGGCGAUGGACUGACCCCGCCCUGACCCCAGCGGGUGGGGGCGUUACUGCUGCUGCUACAUCGUGAGCGCGGAUACGACGCUAGCAUCAUGGAGGCGGCGGCCAGCGCGUUGGAGAGGGAGCACGUGCACCGCGUUUACGACAAAAUCGCGCCCUACUUCAACGACAGCCGCUACAAGGCCUGGCCCAAGGUGCGACAGUUCCUGCUGGACCAGCAGCCCGGCAGCUUGGUCGCGGAUGUCGGCUGUGGAAAUGGAAAGUACCUUGGCAUCAACAAGAAGGUGGUGAUCCUGGGCUGUGACGUCUGUUGCCCCCUGGUGGCCUACGCCAGUAGUCAGGGACACGAGGUCCAGGUGUGUGAUGGUCUGCAUCUCCCCUACCGCGACGGGGUCUUCGACGCAGUCCUCUCUAUCGCAGUCAUCCACCACCUGUCCACCAUGGAGCGCCGCGUGCGGGCCAUCCGGGAGAUGGCCCGCUGCCUCCGGGACGGCGGUCGCAUCAUGAUCUACGUCUGGGCGCUGGAGCAGAAGUACCGCAAGUUUGAGAAGCAGGACAUCUUCGUCCCCUGGAACCCAGACCCUCCCCUCGCCCAGCGGCCAAUGAGGGACGGCGCUCAGAGUGUGGGUAACGCCCACUCCGGCAGCGACGCCCACAGGAAGGCGAGGAGCACGUCGUCGGUGGCGGAGGCGCGCCGGCAGAAAAGCCCCAGGCUGUGGUUCUUCUCCCGCUCACUGGACUCGGUCUUCGACUUCGGCAGCCUGUCGGUCUCGCACUCGUCGUCGAGGGAACUGAGCGUCUCCGUGGCGACGCCCAGCGGCGGCAUGGUCUCUCGGGGGCGAGGCCUCAUGAGGCAGGUGUCCAGCUUCUUCUCGCCCUCUGCCCUCAGAGCCAGCCUGGAGGAGGACGUGUUCGAGGAGCUGAGUGACCUCCAAGGUGAUCAACAAGAGGGUGGCAGGAGGGAGACGGCGAGGGACGUCCCAUCGCCGCCCCCGCCGCCGCCGCCGCCAGCAGCAGCGAUAAUGGCAAAGUACGGGUCCCUGCCCCUGCCCGACAUGGUCCCGGCGAGCAAGGGGGGCGGAGAAGAGAGUGGAAGUGGAAGUGGCGAACAGGGGGGAGGGGAGAGCCCUGAGGAGGAGGAGGAGGAGGAGGGGGGGGGUCUGGCCUUAAGCGGGGCAUCCUGUCUGAGGUACUACCACGUGUUCAGGGAGGGGGAGCUGGCCGAGCUGAUAGAGAAACACGUGGAGGAGCUUCACGUCAUCGCCUCCUUCUUUGACCACGCCAACUGGUGCGUCGUGGCCGAGAAGAUUCAGGUGUGGAAGAUCUGAUUUUAAACUUUUAAACUUGACGUUUCUUUUGUUGCGUUCAUUCUGCUUGACCGUGCGACAGACUAGAUACAGUUCCACAGCAAACUGAAUUCCCCCUCACUUAUUCCAUGCUAUGUUCUUAGUAAUAACAAAACAAUCAUACUUGAUUUUUUUUAAUUUCACUUAUUAGCCAGAAUUCUGCCUCAUCAAAAAGCACAAAGAACGGCCCAUGGUUCAACUUUUGUUUGAAAGCAGCACCUUCAAAGACUUAUAGAAACAUGACGAAUACAAAUAUGUAAUGGCUCCACUUGACUCCGGCUAUCAUGACAGAACUUUGGGUUGCCUACAUUUGGACUCGUUACAGCUGUGUUUGUUGUGUGGCAUCAAAUGGCAAAUACUUUUAUCGACUUAUAAGCAGUAUCUAAAGUAUUCAGUGGGUUUCCUUUCAAAGUGCAAAUGUUUACUAUCGUUCUGCUGUACAAUUUUUGCGCAAACAUUUUAUAUGUGUGUUAUAGGGUUAGUAUUUCAGAACUAAAAUACUUAUAUUCGUUCAAAGGAUUUUUUUGUUAGCCAAAGAGGACUUGUGAUUUUAGCUCUUCCAUUUGGUCUUAAAAGGCUUCUAGAGAUGUGGAUUUUAGUAGGAAAUUAAAAUUGCUACUUACGUAUUCUCUGCCUAUUCAUGAAAAUGCACUUGGGUUGCAUGUCUUGUGAACAUGAGAAUCCAACUUUCUUUAUAGGACUUCGAGAAAGUUUUAUGUGUUCACCAACCAACGAGUAUCUUCCGAAACAUCUGUGUAACCUGGUUCCUAAACUUCACUAAACCAUCACCCGUCCUGCUUGAUGUUGCUGUCGGUGGUUUGCGUGUUUGUGAUUUGUCCCAUGUCGCCUCUCUCAACUUAAAUCAUUGCGACUUAAACUAAGCAAUUAGCGUGUUCUCGACUGCCUCAUUUACUGUGAAAAAACAUUGCAUUGAGAUGCAAGUGUCCCUGCUUGCCGAUGGAUGUCAGUCGAUGACAUCCUGGCCGCGUACUGUUCGGCUGUUCUGAUUGGGCCAUGGGCCAGAGGCCACGCCCACAGCAGUACAGCCUGCCUUGACCAACUGUGAUGAAUCUCUUGUGGAAGUGACGUCCGUGUCUGUUUUUAUGUUAAUAAAUUGUGUCUGAUGUUUUAA